AUGAUCACACAGAACAAUGAAAGGAUGUGUGUGUGUUCACUGUAUCUCCUGGCCUGUCCACUGGACAUGCUGGCCUCUUCAGUCGUCCACUGGACAUACUGGCCUCUACAAUAGGCUAGGUUUUGGUACAUUUCAGUUUAGGACACUAACUCCCAUACACUGAGUGUGUACAUAAAACAUCAGGACCCGUAUCCACAUUGCAUCUCAGAAAAGGUCCACGGAAUCCUGUUAAAACCUGUUUUAAGACUACAACAAAAAAUCCCAGUUCAGAGUAGGUUUUAGGAUGAUAAGACACUGCCCAGACAAAGUCUGAACCAGGUGUAAAAUCAACUCAUAAAAGUUUAUCUCAGCUGGUAAUCUCAACAGUUUGAGGUACAGCAAAGGAAAGAUAGUGAUGACAAUCAUAAACAUUGUUGCAAAUGAUGGGGAAUAACCAAUCGCGAUGACGCAUCGCCAGCUGUGCAUACUUACAUUUUUACAUUUUAGUCAUUUAGCAGAUGCUCUUAUCCAGAGCGACUUACAGUACUUACGGAGAAUCGAACCCACAACCCUGGCGUUGCAAACGCCAUGCUCUACCAACUGAGCUACAUCCCCUGCCGGCCAUUCCCUCCCCUACCCUAGACGACGCUGGGCCAAUUGUGCGCCGCCCCAUGGGUCUCCCGGUCGCGGCCGGCUACGACAGAGCCUGGAUUCGAACCAGGAUCUCUAGUAGCACAGCUAGCACUGCGAUGCAGUGCCUUAGACGACUGCGCCACUCUUCAGACAACCACGGUGAAUGUGACUGUAGGUAAAACGUUUUAUAUAAUUUUCGCAUGACACAAUCACUUAGCCUACUCUGCCUACUUAGCUAAUAUGUUGACAUACAUAUUUUUUUAACCAAUUCUGAUGGUUGUUAAAAGCUGGAUUUUGAUACCGGUAUAUCAAAACACUUGUCACUCCCGUUUAACAACUCUAAAUCGCUUUGGCACAGUUGGAAUCAAAUCAUUUGCAGAUAAUGUUGCAUAAAACCUUUUAAAGGUCUAUCAUUUUCAUUGAACACAAUCAAUGUUAGCAUAGGCCCUAGAUGCCUUGAAUUGCCCAACUUAUAGGCAUUCCCAAUUUAGGCAUAUUUUAUAACAACAUGAUAUUGAGCUCCAAAGGGAUAACUUGAAAUAACAAGUUGUAGGUGUCAUGCCCUGACUCAGGGGACUCGUAUAUGUUGAGUCAGGGUGUGUAUAUUCCUUGUUGUAUAUAUUCUAUGUUGUAUGUCUAGUAUGUAUAGAUCUAUGUUGGCCGGUGUGGUUCCCAAUCAGAGGCAGCUGUCGCUCGUUGUCUCUGAUUGGGGACCAUACUUAGGCAGCCUAUUGGCACUGUCUAGUUGUGGGAUCUUGUUCCGUGUAAGGUAUGUUGUGUGUUCUACCUUGGACUUCACGUUUCGUUUCAGUUGUUGUUUUGUCGUUGUGUUUAUAAGUUAAUAAACAUGUACGUAUAUCACGCUAUGCCUUGGUCUGACCCGUCAUUAAAUGAACGUGACAGUAGGUUAAUUAAAUAAUCAAAAUAUUUUUUUCAGCUUGGUGAGAAGGCAACAACUGUUGCCGCAAUUAUUAGAAAAUGGAAGAAGUUCAAGAUGAUGGUCAAUAACCCUCGGUCUGGGGCUCCAUGCAAGAUCUCACCUCGUGGGGCAUAAAUGAUCAUGAGGAAGGUGAGGGAUCAGCCCAGAACUACACGGCAGGACCUGGUCAAUGAUCUGAAGAGAGCUGGGACCACAGUCUCAAAGAAAACCAUUAGUAACACACUACGCCGUCAUGGAUUAAAAUCCUGCAGCGCACGCAAGGUCCCCCUGCUCAAGCCAGUGCAUGUCCAGGCCCGUCUGAAGUUUGCCAAUGACCAUCUGGAUGAUCCAAAGGAGGAAUGGGAGAAGGUCAUGUGGUCUGAUGAGACAAAAAUAGAGCUUUUUGGUCUAAACUCCACUCGCCGUGUUUGGAGGAAGAAGAAGGAUGAGUACAACCCCAAGAACACCAUCCCAACCGUGAAGCAUGGAGGUGGAAACAUCAUUCUUUGGGGAUGCUUUUCUGCAAAGGGGACAGGACGACUGCACCGUAUUGAGGGGAGGAUGGAUGGGGCCAUGUAUCGCGAGAUCUUGGCCAACAACCUCCUUCCCUCAGUAAGAGCAUUGAAGAUGGGUCGUGGCUGGGUCUUCCAGCAUGACAAUGACCCGAAACACACAGCCAGGGCAACUAAGGAGUAGCUCCGUAAGAAGCAUCUCAAGGUCCUGGAGUGGCCUAGCCAGUCUCCAGACCUGAACCCAAUAGAAAAUCUUUGGAGGGAGCUGAAAGUCCGUAUUGCCCAGCGACAGCCCCAAAACCUGAAGGAUCUGGAGAAGGUCUGUAUGGAGGAGUGGGCCAAAAUCCCUGCUGCAGUGUGUGCAAACCUGGUCAAGACCUACAGGAAACGUAUGAUCUCUGUAAUUGCAAACAAAGGUUUCUGUACCAAAUAUUAAGUUCUGCUUUUCUGAUGUAUCAAAUACUUAUGUCAUGCAAUAAAAUGCAAAUUAAUUACUUAAAAAUCAUACAAUGUGAUUUUCUGGAUUUUUGUUUUAGAUUCCGUCUCUCACAGUUGAAGUGUACCUAUGAUAAAAAAUUACAGACCUCUACAUGCUUUGUAAGUAGGAAAACCUGCAAAAUCGGCAGUGUAUCAAAUACUUGUUCUCCCCACUGUAGGUCUAGAUUAUGAGGUCGAAGGAAUUGUCCGUAGAGCUCUGAGACAGGAUUGUGUCGAGGCACAGAUCUGGGGAAGGGUACCAAAAACUUUCUGCAGCAUUGAAGGUCCCCAAGAACACAGUGGCCUCCAUCAUUCUUAAAUGGAAGAAGUUUGGAACCACCAAGACUCUUCCUAGGGCUGGCCUCCCGACCAAACUGAGCAAUCGGUGGAGAAGGGCCUUGGUCAGGGAGGUGACCAAGAACCCGAUGGUCACUCUGACAGAGCUCCAGAGUUCCUCUGUGGAGAUGGGAGAACCUUCCAGAAGGACAACCAUCUCUGCAGCACUCCAACAAUCAGGCCCUUAUGGUAAAGUGGCCAGACGGAAGACACUCCUCAGUAAAAGGCACCUGACAGCCCACUUGGAGUUUGCCGAAAGGCACCUAAAGGACUCUCAGACCAUGAGAAACAAGAUUGUCUGGUCUGAUUAAACUAAGAUUGAACUCUUUGGCCUGAAUGCCAAACAUCACGUCUAAAAAAAAAAAUUGGAGGAAACCUGGCACCAUACCUAUGGUGAAGCAUGGUGGUGGCAGCAUCAUGCUGUUGGGAUGUUUUUCAGCGAAAGGGCCUGGGAGACUAGUCAGGAUCGAGGCAAAGAUGAACGGAGCAAAGUACAGAGAGCUCCUUGAUGAAAACCUGCUCCAGAGCGCUCAGGACCUCAGACUGGGGCGAAGGUUCACCUUCCAAUAGGACAAUAACCCUAAGCGCACAGCCAACACAACGCAGGAGUGGCUUUGUGACAAGUCUCUGAAUGUCCUUGAGUGGCCCAGCCAGAGUCCGGACUUGAACCCGAUCGAACAUCUCUGGAGAGACCUGAAAAUAUUUGUGCAGCGACGCUCCCCAUCCAACCUGACAGAGCUUGAGAGGAUCUGCAGAGAUUUUUUUUUUUGUAUUUUUUUUUUUGUCAUUUAGCAGACGCUCUUAUCCGGAGCGACUUACAGUUAGUGAGUGCAUACAUAUAUUUUUUCAUACUGGCCCCCCGUGGGAAGAAUGGGAGAAACUCCCCAAAUACAGGUGUGCCAAGCUUGUAGCGUCAUACCCAAGAAUACUCGAGGCUGUAAUCGCUGCCAAAGGUGCAAAGUACUGAGUAAAGGAUCUGAAUACUUAUGCAAAUGUAAUAUUUCCGAAUUUUAUUUUUUUAUAAAUUUGCAAAGAAAUCUACAAACCUGUUUUUGUCAUUAUGUGGUAUUGUGUGUAGAUUGAAGGAAAAAAAUCAAUUUUAGAAUAAGGCUGUAACGUAACAAAAUGUGGAAAAAGUCAAGGGGACUGAAUACUUUCCAAAUGCACUGUAAACCACUAAUAUAGUCUAAUAAUUGAUCAGUGGAGCUAAAAUCCUCUAGUGACACAGAAAUGUAAAGUUGAAUUAUUGUCUGCGUAGCAGUGAAAAUCAAUGCUGUGCUUUCUUAUAACACUGCCAAUGGGUAACAUGCAGUACCAGUCAAAAGUUUCGACACACCUACUCAUUCAAGUGUUUUUCUUUAUUUUUACUAUUUUCUACAUAGUAGAAUAAUAGUGAAGACAUCAAAACUAUAAUAGUGAAGACAUCCAAACUUUUGACUGGUACUGUAUAUACAGUAUAAACUGAACAGUACCGGACCCAAAAUCAAACCUUGUGGAACGCCACGUGACAUUUAUUUUCUCUGAGUUAUGUUCACCAAGGGUGACAAAAAACUCACGACUGGUUAAAUAGGUCCUAAACCAAUGUAGAACUGGGCCGGAGAGGCCCACCCCCCUGCUCCAUUCGUGUCCCAGAAGGACAUCAUGGUCAACAGUGUUCGAUACACAGUCACUUAAAUCUAGAGAGUACAGGACAGAGAGCUGUUUCAUCUGAGUUGGCCUCUAAGAUAAUUUAUCACUUUUAACUAAGGCUGUCCCUCUGUGCUGUGGUGGGCACGAAAACCAGAUUGGAAUUUUAAAUAAUCGUUGCACUUAAAAAAUAAUUGAGCUGUUUUGAAAACACCAUUUCUCCAGAUGUUGCUCCAAAUUGCAGAGCUGAAGAUCUAGAUGACUUUUCUUCAGAAGGGGUUUCACCAUUUUUAAGUGGGAAAGUGCCUGGACAGGUGAUUACAUAGACUUCUUAUGAGAUUGUUUGAAGAAGGUUGGGGAUAGGAUCGUGAGCCAGUAGAAGGUGUUGAAUCAUGAGCAUAGUGCCUUUGUGUGGUAGGUAUAGGGCACAUAUCAUCAAACUUCUCAUCAGGUCUUGCUUGACUGAUACCCAGCCUAAUGUUGGUUAUCUUAUCUCUGAAAUGUGCUGCAAACUCAUCACAUUUAGAUGUGGAGGAAAGUUCACAUGGGGGGGUAGGAUUUGUGGGGGUAGGAUUUAUCAGGCCAUCAAUGGUCGAGAAGAGCGCUCUCAAAUUAUUCUGAUUAAUAGUGAUCAAGUUACAAAAAUGAGCCCGUCUGCCAUUUAUUAUUGCCUUGUUAUAUAUGCCAAGUUGCUCUCUCAGAAUAUCAUAAUGGACCUGCAACUUCUCCAUUUCCGCACUGCCUUUCUGCAAUUUCUCUUUAAUUGAUUAGUUUCCUCACUCAUCCAAGGGGCUCUCUGUUUGGAUGUGGCUUUUUCAACUUUAUUGGACUGAUGGCAUCAAUGGUUGCCCUUAAUUUGCUAUUAAAGUUAUCAACUAAAUCAUCACAAGAGGAAGGCAGAAUAAAUGGUGGAGUAUUGUUUAUACAUUCAAUAAAAUCUGUAGCAACUUCAGAGGUAAGAUAGUGUUUCUUAAUAAUGUGUUCAGUAUUACCCUGUGCUAUGGGCAACAAGGUAGUAAAAAAUACAUGGUGGUGAUCAGAUAAAGCAACAUCAACAAUAGAGGAUAUGUCAAUAGAAAGCCCCUUGGUAAUAACCAGGUCCAGAGUAUGGCCGCGGUUAUGGGACGGCCCAGUAACAUGUUGGAUAAAGUCCAUAGAGCUCAAAAGAUUCAUAAAUUAAAUGGCCUUGGAGUCAGUCUCUUUGUCAACAUGAAUAUUAAAAUCGCCCAACACAAUGAUUUUAUCAUACUAGAGUAGGAAUAAAAUGUCUCUAUUCUCAGCACUUACGACCAAUUUUCUUUGUGGAUACGGGUCCAGGUAAAAAGAGAGAAACAUUUUGCCAUAUUCGAUCACAGCUUCUGUCCAUCCACUGUCUGUUACGUAGGUGUGUGUCUUUGUCUGUGGUAUCUGUCCUCUGCUAUGUGAUCAGAGCAGCAUCUUUAUACUUUUCACUCAAUGAGGAACUAAAUAGUGUUUGUGGGUUGGUGGUUUUCCUGUGAAAGUAAAAUUCAGCCCUCAGUUUUUUUUCUUAUAGUUCUAUUUCCCUUUUUAGCUCAGUUUUGGGGACAACUUCUCUUUAUCACAGAGAUAGGUUUGACGCUUUUUAUUAAACUUGACUGUGUGACUGCAGUUACAAUCAUUUUGGCUCUACCUCACCCUCUAUAUGGUUAAUCUCCUGUCUCCUGAACAGGACACAGAUUCUGGAACUGUUUACUGUGUCUCUGAAGCAGUUGAAGGGUUUCCGGCAGCAGACUGUUCAGACUCACGUGACCGCUGCUCUCUGCAGUGUCCUGAAGGUAAACAUUUAGAGCCUGAACUCUGACAUCUUGGUAGGCCUGAUAGCCUUGCCUUUUGGAUUACCAACCUAUAUAAUAGGAUGUUUUUUUUAUUCUACACACGUUGUCUAAAGGCAAAAUGAUAAUACAAAUGUCUUCACACUUACGAUGCAAAUUUCAUCAUAGUGAUGCACAAUUUUAAAUGUGUCGUUGUGAAAUUUCCUUUGGGAUAAACUAGGAGAUGUUACUGUGGAUAUGCCAUGCUGUAUGAAUAAACCCUCCUCAUCUCUGUGUGUGUGUGUUCAGCCCCUAGGCUCCAGCCGUGUAGAUCUGGGUCCAGAAGAGGUUCGGAGGCCAGCCAUGGGCCUGUUGGUAGGUGCUCUGGAGAGCUCUAACCCCCUGCUGCAGUGCAUGGCUGCUGAGGGCCUGUCUCGCCUGGUACAGGUGGUCAACAACCAUGCAUUCCCUGUCUCCAUGACCCUGCUCAGCUUCGACAAGUGAGUGGACAACCCCCGACCCCUUACCACACACAUACUGGACUGAUCUGCCUUUGGCAGUGAUAUUGUACAAUGUCUUGCGCUGUCUUCAUUUAGGACUCCAUAUUAGGGUGCAUGCUAAGCUAAUGUUGUGACAUUUGUGUGUUGGUUGGACAACAUUUUAUCAGUUUCACAGUGCAUUGGACCUCAGAUUGAUCCUAUCUCUCUCCCACCAGGUUGAAGACACCCCAGGAUGCUGUGAUCGUACGGGUCAUGCCCAGGUGCUGGGUGCCCUGCACCGCUAUGUAGAGGGCACCAGCUCCCCCCAGCACCUCAGUGCCUGUGUGGGCAUCCUCUUCACCCUCUCCCAAGACAGCACUUCCCCAGAGGUCCAGGUACAGUAGUGAUUACCAAUCUGAUUUAGUUCAGAGCUUGUUUGUUCCUAUCGUCACCCACUCAACAGCUGUUGUUUAUGGACAGACCCUGUACGUCACUUCCACAGCUCCUCAAAAAGACGUUGAAAAGGUCUAUAGGGAAAUAAAAGUAUCUGUUGGCAACUUGGCAACUGUCUCCGCUUUGUCUGUGUAAGAGGUGGGCGCUGCACUCUCUGUCCAAGGGUGAUGGACCUGGCUGGUCCUCUGUACCACGGCUAUGUGGAGGCCAGCUUCACCCUGGUGCUGAGGCUGCUGCUCUCUGUCCCCCCACCCAUGUAGAGGUCCACCAGAGCCUGGGCCGCUGCCUCAACGCCCUCCUCACUACCCUGGACCUAACCUACAAGGUGAAUCCCAUACUUAAUACAAACACUUUAAAGGAUCAUCUGAUAGAGAAGAAAAAGGCGGGUUUCUAUCACAAUAUGAGGACCUGACCUACAAGGAGACCCAACUCAUAGACACACACUGAGUCACUGUAAAGUAGAAAUCUUAUACCAGAGAAAAUACCAUUGAUUUCUUAGGUACUUAGGUGCCGAUUCUAUAUGUAUAGCGAUUCGAUACUGCAAUUUAUUUUGCGAUUUGUGUUUCCAAACAUAUUGCUCACUAUAUGUCUGCUGCAGAGAGAUGAGAGAGCAUUAGAACAUUUGUUUUGAUCAGUCAUGGGGAUAAAAGUGCUGAAAACAUGUUCGCUCACUAUUAAAAAGAACAUGGAGAACAAGCUAAAGGAUGAAAAAUACCAGAGUUUAGGUGCAGGUAUAGCCGACUACCGCUAGCUAACGCUGCCUAGCAAAGAAAAUCGAUACUUGGAGUCAAAGUAUUGAUAUAAUAUCGUCCAAAAUAAUAUUGCGAUAUGUAACUAUACAUUUUUUCUCCCCAUCACUAAUAUGUAGGAGAGUGUCGAUUCGUUAAUAGGCGAACGGAGGAGGAGGAGGAAGAGGUGGAGGAGGAGGAAGAGGAGGCUCAAGUGUAUCCUACCGUGGAAGAGUUUUGAAAGCCUCCACACGACCUUUGAAACAGCAGUUUUCUCGGAUUGAAAAAGCAUGCACACAUUUAAAAAUGAUAUGCUACUUAUCCUUCUGUCUAUAAAAUGUCUAGCACAACUAGCUAAAUUUCUUUUUCCACUUUACACAUGUAUUUUGGGAUUCCACCUCUGUAAACGUAAUUUGCCUGAUGACGGGCUAGAGAAGAAAGAGCCUCAUUUCAUUCAAGCGCAUUUGUUUCCUCCCCUCCCCUCGACUCCCCUCCUCGACUACCUUUGACCUUUUUCAAAAGGAGGCGAGGAGAUGAUGGAGAAGAGUACGUGAAGAAUCAAGGAAAUCCAAUUGAGAUUCUCCUUAUGUCCUACCCAGGUAGCUAAUUAGCUAAUGUCAUUCCUAGCUAAUGCUAAGCUAUUGAGCUAAUGAUACCAUUAGGGUGGUGUCAGCAAUCCCUCAGACACACACUCCAACAUAGCCAUAGAAAUGGAACUACCUAGUUGAACACAGUUCUCUUUUGGAAUGUUGAUGACAUUUUUUUGUGUGUAAAAUGUGUCAAACCAGGCAGUCCCAGAGAGUGUUUCUGCAGUGCCUUCCUCUGUAGUGACGGUGUGCAUUCUCUCGCAUACAGGAGAUCUUGUUGGAUUAUUCUAUGUUGGUAGGUUCUUUCCCCUGAUUGCAGGAGUUCCUGUGUGACGUUUAUCUGUUCUAUUUGCUGUUGGCCCUGAUCCUACUUUCUUAUCAGUGUUUUCUUUGUCACCCUGUUGAUUUUCAUUUUGGUUGUCCUUUUUGGUUUCUUUUUGUUUCUCUUCUGUGAGUUUGAACUGACCCGAUCAGGCAUCCACAGCGAGCAUGAACCAAUGGCGUCCUUCCUUCCUUCCUUCCCUCCCUGACAGCCCUCUACCAGGGGUAGUGCCAAGGAUUUGUUUUGCGUCAGUGGCUCUUUUCUCAAAGUCCUCCUCUCUUCACACUGGUCAAGGGGCAAAAACAGUCACUAGUCUCUGUCAACUGCUUUUUGCUCUAUUUAUUAGUAGUAGUGAGUUCUGCUAUCAGUUCUGAGAAAUGAUGACCAUGACUACAUGACUAUAUAAGCAGUAAAGAUUGAUUGAUGACACUGGUCUAAACAACAAACAACAUAUAAUGUAGUCACUGACGCAAGUACAACUAUCCUUCCCAGUACCUCUGCUGUCAGAUCUUUUCCACACUCCUCUAGCUUGGUCCCAGAUCUGUUGGCACCGUCUUGCCAACUUGUUGACAAUGACCUGACAAUGAUUAUAGGGGUUGGCAAGACCAUACAAACUGAUCUAGGACCAGGCUAAUACUCCUCCCCCCUCCUCUAAAGGGGCUUCUGUUUGUUUGAUAUGACAGGAUGAUUAACAGUAUCAUGGCACCAGGGAGGACUAAUUUCUAGUCUCCACUCCCAGGGAGCUAAUAACACUUCUUCUGUUGCUUGUUGUUUGUCUUCUGCUGUGUAACUCACAGUCUGUUCUCUUUUCUGUCAACCCCUGGUUAGCAGGCCAAAUAAUUUUGGAUUCAGUUGUUGACACACAACUGUGAAAGUAAUUGCUUGCUGAAAUAUCCCUGAUAUUUCGGUUUCGCUAGCUGCUCACAGCAAUUAUUAUUUUGUAUCCGUUCCAGCAUGAUGUUGAGCUGAACAUUUAUUAAUUAUCUAUGAUAGUGUUUCUACUGGGGUUUUGAACAGAGGAGUAGUCACACUGUUAAGAUGGAUAGACUGGGUCCUGUAAUGAAAUGUGAUCUGACUCACUCUUAGUUCACUUCUUCUAUCCUAUGAAUUGUUAUGUUUCAACCAAAGUGCUAAUCACUCCUUUAUUAUGGGAUUCUCCAUGUGCUACUAUCACUUCAAAACACAGACAGAAUGGUCACCCUCUCUACAGGUGUUAGGGUCUCUAUGUAGCCCUGAUAUACUGUGUUGCUUAAGUACGUAUUGGUGUCUCUCUGUGUGUGUGUGUGUCUCUGUGUAUCUCUGUGUGUGUGUGUGUGUAUAUGUAUGUAUGCAUGUCUGUGUGCGGCAUGUGUGUCACUGUGUGUGUCCCUGUGUGUGUGUGUGUGUGUGUGUGUGUAUAUUUUUUUAAAUUUUAAAUUUUAGUCAUUUAGCAGACGCUCUUAUCCAGAGCGACUUACAGUUAGUGAGUGCAUAGAUUUUUCAUACUGGCCCCCCGUGGGAAUGGAACCCACAACCCUGGCAUUGCAAACGCCAUGCUCUACCAACUGAGCUACAUCGCUGCCGGCCAUUCCCUCCCCUACCCUGUGUGUGUGUGUGUGUGUGUGUGUGUGUGUGUGUGUGUGUGUGUGUGUGUGUGUGUGUGUGUGUGUGUGUGUGUGUGUGUGUGUGCGUGCGUGCGUGCGUGCGUGCGUGCGUGCGUGCGUGCGUGCGUGCGUGCGUGCGUGCGUGCGUGCGUGCGUGCGUGAACCUUUGCAGCUCAUACCUGUCUCUGCGUCGUGCUGUGGUGGCAUGUCCGAGACAGCUGGCCCAGAAGGAAGCCCUGGAGGUGUCAGAGCACGCUGUGGCCCUGGUCAAGGAGCUGCCGUGCAGGGACAACACACCGCUGGGUAAGACCAACACAUACACACACACACACACACUGAGACUGAGACACAAACACACACUAAGACACACACACACUGACAGACACAUACUGAGAGACACACACAGACUCACAAACAAGGCGAGAUGUUUAUGGUCACUGACCUUUCGACAGCAAAUCUAUUAUCUUUCCGGUAAUAAUAAUAAUAAUAUGCCAUUUAGCAGACGCUUUUAUCCAAAGCGACUUACAGUCAUGUGCGCAUACAUUUUUACGUAUGGGUGGUCCCGGGGAUCGAACCCACUACCCUGGUGUUACAAGCGCCAUGCUCUACCAAUUGAGCUACAGAGGACCACGUAAUGCUCAGCAUGUGCAAAUGGACUUUGAAUAAUGAACAUACAUUAAGAUGUAGCUUAAUAAGCUGUAGAAAAGCCUCAUUGUGGCCCGUGUCUCCUCUCCUCCUCAGAUGUGACCAUUAAGGAGGUGGGCCUGGAGGGGGCUCUGCUCAGCCUACUAGAACGGGAGUCUGACCCCCGUCUCUGUCAGGACAUCCAGGAGACCCUGGUUCACAUGAUGAGUUCCAUCGCCAUGGGGAAACUGGCCCACUAG